AUGGAUCCAAAAACAUUCCCAACCGUCGUUGGGAUCGAACAACCUCCCAUCUCAAUUCUCUUGAUAAAUCCAAACUCCUCGGCGCACAUGACCGACGCCUGCCUCAAAACCGUUUCGACCAAGAUCCCGCCUGGAGUGACAGUCUAUGGCUUCACUGCUCCCCCACCAGCACCCAGCGCCAUUGAAGGCCGAGUCGACGGCGUUCUCUCAGCCGCCGAGUGUCUGCGCAACAUCGUGCCUAUCAAGCAUCGCUUCGACGCAUUCCUUGUGUGCUGCUUUAGCAACCAUCCCCUCAUAACUGCGCUCCGUGAGGAAGUUACUCAGCCUGUACUUGGCAUCAUGGAAUCAGCACUCUAUGCCUCGAGGAUGUGCGGGAAUAAACUGGGCAUCGUCACCACAAGCGAGCGGUCCGAGAUAAUCCACCAGCAGUCCAUCGCAGAGUACGGAUUUGGUAAAUUUUCCGCUGGAUGUGCGGCUUGCAGGAUCUCCGUGCUAGAUCUCGAGAGGAAGCCGAAGGAAGAGGUCUUUGCGGGGGUUGUCAAGGCGGCGAAGGAACUCGUUGAUGGAAGGGGCGCAGAUUGUAUUUGUCUGGGCUGUGCCGGGAUGACUGGAGCUAAGGAGGCCUGCGAAGAUGCCGUUGGCAAACAUCAGAACCAAGCUAUGGUUGUGGACGGUGUAGGUGUUGGCGUGCAAUUCCUGAUCGGCCUGGUACGUGAAGGACUCGGGACUGCGAAGGGUGGGGCAUAUCGACCGGCAGAAGCAGGGCGGAAGGCGAGGAAUCAGGAAUGGUAUUAG